GAGAUUUGGCUGCACUGCUGCUACUAAUGUCCAUCCAAACCCUCUCCUUCUUCCCUCACAACGCGCUGCGCUCCAUCUACCUGCAAACUCUCAACUGCUCUACCUCAGCUCUCUCUCUCAAACCCUAAGUCCCUUCUUGGGAACCAAGAUGGAUAUUCAUACAUCCGCCACUUCUCCUUCUGAAUCGCUUUCAUUCUGAAUUUUUUGUUUGCGCUUGCGAAAUCAAUUGUCUCUGUUCUAAUCUCCAUCGGUAUUUUAUCAUCUGUUUGUGAUUUUCUUGCUUACGUUUCUGAUUGUUGUAAUUUCGUGGAACAUCGGGCUUUUGUAAUGUCGGAAAGAAAGAUAGAUCGCCCGGAGGAUCUUGUUGCGUUGUCUGCGCCGACCGAUCAAUCUUGGACUGUGAAAGGACCUACCGCAGGGAACGAUGAAGACAAGGGAUUUGUAGGAUUUCUUGAAGAAUCAAAAGAUCAAGCAGCACCUGAGAGCAUUCCGCUGUCUCCGCAGUGGCUUUAUACUAAGCCAAAUGAGCUGAAAAUGCAGGAAACCCGUGGGCCAAGUUCUCUGUCUCUUGGUAGUUCUGCUGAUUUAAACCAGAAGGAGGUUUUGCGCCCAGAUGCUUCUGAUGGCAAAAAGGAUUGGAGAAAACUUGCAGUAGAACCUGAUAGUGGCCGACGGUGGCGUGAAGAAGAAAGGGAAACUGGAUUGCUUGGUCGAAGGGAACGCCGAAAGAUGGAUAGACGGCCUGAUAAUGCUCAAGGAAGAGAAACAUCUGACAAUAGAUCAUUGCCGGGCUCUGACAAGUGGCAUGAUCUCAAUAAUCGCAAUUCAGGCACUGAAACUCGUCGUGAUGGCAAAUGGUCGUUAAGGUGGGGUCCUGAAGAAAAAGAAAAAGAUGCUCGAAUGGAGAAGAAGGCAGAUGUGGACAAGGAAGAGUCUCAGGGUGAGAGUCACUUGGUUGUUCCAAAUAACCGUUCUGUUCUUGAACGUGAUUCAGAAUCUCGUGAUAAGUGGAGACCUCGACACAAGAUGGAGAGUAAUGCUGCUGGAUCUGGUACAUAUCGUGGUGCACCAGGCUUUGGGCUUGAAAAGGGCCGUGUUGAGGGCCAACACACAGGCUUUACUGUAGGGCGUGGCAGAUCGAUUUCUGUUGUGAAACCUUCAUCUGUUAUUCCAGUUGGUGCUUCUCAAUAUGACAAUGGAAAUGUUCCAGGAAGAUCAAACCUCUCUACUGAAACAUUUGUAUACCCCAGGGGAAAACUACUUGAUGUCUAUCGCAAGCAAAAGUUGGAUUCAUCUCUUACCUCCCUACCUGAUAUUUUGGAGGAAGCACCUUCGAUAACUCAAUUAGAUGCUGUUGAACCUUUAGCUGUUGUUGUCCCUGUUGCUGAGGAGGAGGUUAUCUUGCAUGACAUCUGGACUGGUAAAAUAACAAGCAGUGGAUCCACAAGCAAUUCAUUCAGGAGAGGAAACUCAACAGAAAACAUUCCAGAGCUUGAUCACACCAAUGGAAGUAUGGUCUCCCUCUCACUGGAUCUUGGGAAGGGGAUACCGCAUACCUUUCGGAAAGCUUCAGAUGAAAGUCAUGAAGGGAAAAAUACUGAUCAUGAAGUGAAGUACGAAAUGCCAGAGGUUAUGCGCAGAAAUGAUACAGAUAUUGGUGGCUUAGAAGCUCCACAUGGUUCUGUGUUGGAAGCUAAUAAGCUCAAGGUUUUGGAAUCUGAUGUUAAUCAGCAUCCAUUGACUGGUAGAAUUGUGUCUACCCCAUUAGUUGACAUUAACAACAAAUUUUCUGAUGAUUCAAAAUCCCUGGUUCCUAUACCAACAUCACAUGACUAUUUGGAUGAUCACUUACAUGAGUUUGGGAGCAGAGGUUAUGAAUUUCAAAUAGAUGAAGGACUCCCUCCAGAGGAAUUAAGUUUGUACUACCUGGAUCCUCAGGGGGAAAUCCAAGGACCUUUUGUUGGAGCAGACAUAAUCACAUGGUUUGAGCAAGGGUUUUUUGGUAUUGAUUUACUUGUCCGUUUGGAAAAUGCUCCUGAUGGGUCAUCUUUCCAGAAAUUGGGAGAUGUUAUGCCUCAUUUGAAAUUUUAUCCCGAGUAUGAUAGUGCUUUGAAUUUACGGCCUAAUCUGGAGAAGUCAGUGGAGGGUUUCCCACUAACAGGAUUACAAUCUGGUGUCCUAGUUUCUGAAUCACUUCAUUCCACUGCAGUAGAUGCCUCUGGUUGGGAGUUACCUAAUGAUGCUUUUGCUGCACAUCAGAAUCAAUUGAAAGCAUCUGAGCAUCAGCAUCUUCUGCCACGUAAUGCUAACUCUCAUGGAGAAAUUCUGGGUGAUUUUGGUGUCCAUGAAAAAGAAAUGCAGCUUCCUGGGAGACAUGGAAUUGUUGGCAACGCCACAGAAACAAUCUCUGGAAGAUAUGUUGAAUCAGCAAAAGAUGGGGCCAGCCGGUUGUACAUUGCUAAUGAACCAAUAAAUUCUGGUGUGUCUAAUGAGAAAGAUGGUGGAUUGAACCCUCUUGGUUUGUUGUGGUCCAAACUUGAGAAUACAUAUUCCCAAAAUAACAAUAUGUAUUCUCAAAAUAAUCUUACACCGACAUUUAGUGGAGGUGCCUCAGACAACACUGUAAAUCCCUUGCCUGGAAGGGCUCUGCCUUUUGGUAUGAUGGCUGAUCCAACUCAUAUCUCUGAUACAUGGAAUGAUGUAUAUGGUAACAGAGCAUCUUCUGAUUCCAAAUUGUAUCAUGAGGCUGAUGAUGCUAUCCGUUUUACAAGAAUGGAUGAAAGAUUUAAACGUUUUGAUUUAGAAGAGAAGCUGCUAUCUCAGCAAUUGGAACAGCAGCAUCGACAACAACAUAGUAUCAUGCCUUCUCAUAAUACACACUUUAAUGAAGCAAUGUUAGGAGGCCAAAGCUUGAAUUCUAUGCAUCACAAACAUUUUACCAAUCAUAUGGGGCAAGAUACAGAGCACAUUUUGGGUAUUCAGCUUCAGCAGCGGAGGCAGCUGCAACUACAUCAGCAGAUAUUGGAAAAGCAGCAGCAGCAGCUACAGCUGCAGCAGAUACAGCAGCAACAGAAGUUCCAUCAGCAGCAGAUGUUGAAAGAGCAGCAGUCCUCCCAAGCUAAACAGUUUUUUCGUGACCAGCUGAUGUGGAAUCAAAUGCAUGACUCAAGUAAUGACAAUUUACGCAUGGAUGCCCUUAGAUCAAAUGCUUCCCUUGAGCAUGCCAUGCUGAGGCAACAACUCUUAAGUGGUUUUCAGCAGCAGUCACAAAUUCCAUCUAGGCAUUCCAAUCCCUCCCUUGACCAGCUGCUAAUUCAAGCAAAAUCUGGUCAAUUGUCUGAUCAAGGUGAUCAAAAUGAUUUAUUGGAGAUCAUGGCGCAGGUAAAGCGGGGACAGGUUCAACCCAGAGAUCAAAUGAUUCUUCACCAAGAUCAGUUGCGUGCGAGGCAGUUACAUUUAGGGUUGAGACAGAGAUUAGAAAUGGAAGAAGAAAGGCAUAAUCCUGGGUGGCCAACGGGUGAAGCUACACAAUUUCACAGAAAUUCAGCUGCUGCUUCUCAUAGAGUCAACUCUACUGGAUUUGGCCCUCUGGACUUCUAUUCCAAUCAGAAACCACUCUCUGAAGAGCAUCUCAACCGUCUUGAAAGGAAUCUUUCCAUGCAAGAUAGACUUCAACAUGGUAAUUAUGAUACAGCUAUGGUGCCUUUUGAGCGCUCCAUGUCGGUGCCUGUUGGUGCUGCAUCCGCUAACCGUGAUGCUGUGAAUCCCAUAACUUUGGGCCAAGGUUUGGAAAUGCAUGGCCAGAUUGGACGAAUGCUGCCCGGUGGUCAAGUUGAUGCAUUCUCACCUGGUGUGUCAUUUCAGCAUAAGAAUCACCCCCCGGCACUGAAUCGAUUCCUCUCUUCAGGUUUGGACACAAGUGAAGGCCAUUGGUCUGAAAAUAAUGGUACAUUGCCAAAUGAGUAUAUGGAGUCCAGAGUUCCACAAUUACAUCUUAACAGUGAGAGGCAGAGAAAAUUGGCUGUUGAAGAAGAAAGAUUUGAAGAUCAUAGUUUGUGGAUGUCAGCUGGAAGUAAUGAUGACAAUUCAAAGCGUUUGCUUAUGGAAAUGCUAAAUCCGAAUUUGGGCCACCCAUCUACUGUACAACUUAAUGCGACUAAUGAAAUACCACAAGAUAGAAGGUCAUAUUCUAGAGCAAGUGCGGUGAGCCAGUCAGUUAGUGUUGUUACAGAUCAAGGGUCAGGUUUCAGCCAAUCAUCAGCUGUGGGGUUGUCUUAUGGUUCCAGUUUUGGGGAACAAUCCAGUCUAUUUUCAGAGGUUGUAACAAGUGCUACUGAGAUGGGAGUUUCUCAUAGAUCUAAAGGAGAUUCUCAUGUUUCUAGCGUUGAUAGAAACAAUCAGGGAAUAAUUUCAGAGGUUCAUGGAGGUGUAGCUGAGAAGGCUCGCUCGGCAUCUGCGGCCAUGGGUGAUGAACCAGUCAAUGUCCUUGCAAGGCACAAGCCACCAGGCUCUUCUGGAUCGAAUGACUCUUUCUUCGAUGAUGCUUCCAAGGACAGGUUGCAAGCUUUCAGUUCAAGAGGACCUGAAAAUGUUUUGCUGAGGCGUCCACCUAUUCCACCAUUUUCAUCAUCUCAGGAAGGGUUGUCAGAGAUGACUGCUGAUCCAAUUCCCAGAGGAAAAAGUCUUUCAAGUUCUGUAUCAUCUGAUGCGUUGAGACGAGAAGCGGGAGGAAAUGGAGGAACCCUAGAGUUUCGGCGAACAUCAUCCUUCAACGACACUGAUAUAAUGGAAACAUCAUUCAGUGACAUGGUAAGAAGCAGUGCUAAGAAGCCGAUACCUCAGGAAGCUCAUGGUUUCUCAGCAGGAGCUUCAGAGGUGUCAGAUGGAACACAAGGUGCUCGGAACAACAAAAAGAAAGGGAAGAAAGGCAGACAAAUCGAUCCUGCUCUCCUUGGCUUCAAAGUUACCAGCAAUCGAAUCCUGAUGGGAGAAAUACAGCACGUAGACGACUGAUAUAAGCUUGCAUAGCUUGGGUGAGAGCUUCUUCACAACCAAUUUUGUACAGGGCUGGGUAACUGUACAGUUUCAUGAUUCAUACACAGGUUAGUUCUCAUAAUUUUGCGAAUCCUGAGGCACCCCCCCACCCAACUCACAAUCUUGUCAACCAAUUCAAAAUAGGAUUAGAUGGCAAUUAUCAAUACAAUAAUCUCGAUUUGCACAUUUUUAUUUAAUCUAGAAAUAAUAAUAAAUGCGCCCGAACCCCGCCACAUGUUUUUACCUUGUAUUACUUUCUUGCCUAUCUAUCUGCCAUUUUCCUGUU